CCGCAGGGCUGGGGCUGGCAGCCUCGCCGAGCACCCACGAAGACCCCGGGGCCGUGGGCAAGCGCAGCAGCACCAUACGCUUGCGAAGGAUAAUUUUAAGCAGCUGUCGUGAGUGCCCCCUAUACCCUGCAGCCGUUCCCGAUCCCGUCUCCCCACACCCAGCGAUGCCCACGGAGCCCCUGAUCUGCGCCGACACGGCCACGCGGGUGAGCUCCGUGCUGAACCGGGACGUGAAGCAGUUUGGGAAGAAGCACAUGUUUGAUGCCAACGAGGAGACGUGCUGGAACUCGGACCAGGGCGCGCGCCAGUGGGUCGCCCUGGAUUUCCCGCGCACCGUCAAGGUCUCGCAGCUCCACAUCCAGUUCCAGGGGGGGUUCUCCAGCCGGCUGUGCACGCUGGAAGGCUGCAGAACGGGCGAAGAACUGGUGAAAAUAUCCGAGCUGUACCCCGAGGACGUUAACGCCAUGCAGAGAUUCCAGGUGGAGGAGACGGCUCUGGAUAAGCUGAAGAUCACCUUUGAGAACAGCACGGACUUCUUUGGGCGCAUCGUGGUGUACCACCUCAGGGUGCUGGGGGAGAGGCUGUAGGGCAGCGGGGGGGGGGGGGGGCUGCUUUCCCAGCACCCUCAUUCCCCCCCCAGGGGCUCUGCUGCAUGGGGAGAAACGGGACAGCAAACGCUGCCAGCAGGGGUGCGCUGCCCCCAACUGCGCCCCGAAGUGCUGAUGGGUGGAGAGGGGACCCCACCCCCCGGCAGCGCAGGAGGGACGCUCAAGCAGAGAUCCACGUGCUGGACUUGCAAGCCACCUUUGGUGCCUUUUUGGGGGGGGGGGGGGGAACGCAGCCCGUGCAGCCGGCUGAAUAAACGGUGGUGGUGGCCCCCA